CUCUCUUGAUUUGUCUUCGAGCGUGUGCAUGUGUGUUUGUAUUGUUCAACAGUUCAUGGCCAAAGCCCGGGCUCCCAGACGAACCCUAGACUCUUACACAAUCAAAUCUAUCAAUAAAACAAUUCGAGCCGGCGACUGCGUUCUGAUGCGGCCGUCGGACUCGUCGAAGCCGUCGUACGUGGCAAAAGUGGAGAAGAUCGAAUCGGACGGCAGAGGAAGCGUGAAGGUGCACGUGCGAUGGUACUACCGUCCGGAGGAGUCGAUCGGCGGCAGGCGGCAAUUUCACGGAUCCAAGGAGGUGUUUCUGUCUGAUCACUACGAUGUGCAGAGCGCCGAUACGAUCGAGGGGAAGUGUACGGUUCAUACUUUCAAGAGCUACACUAAGCUUGAUGCUGUUGGGAACGACGAUUUCUUCUGUCGUUUUGAGUACAAUUCGUCUACAGGAGCAUUCAAUCCCGAUAGAGUGGCUGUGUAUUGUAAAUGCGAGAUGCCUUACAACCCCGAUGACCUAAUGGUGCAGUGUGAGGGGUGCACUGAUUGGUUUCAUCCUGCUUGUAUAGACAUGACUCCAGAGGAAGCUAAAAGACUCGAGCACUUUUUCUGCCAAAAUUGUUCUUCUGAAGAUCAAAAGAAGUUGCUGAAUUCUCAUAAUGCAUCAAGACACUCUGACGCAAAGGUGGAUACAAAACGGCGGCGGAGGUAACUGUAUCAUACAAACACAAAAUGGUGAGGUAGAAGUUAAUGUUGGAGUUGGAGCCCAUUAAAUCUCAAGAGUAGUGUUGAAGCAAACACGGAGCCGAAAGGUAUCUGCAUCGCAAGCAACAGUGUUUGUGUGCUGAUGAUAGGCAAAGGGAAACUGGUUUGAAACUCUUCUGUCUUUAUCGUUUUGAUUUUGAGUGACACUAAAACCUUGUUUCCGUUUUGAAGGUCGAGGAUGUGUUUGGUCACCUGUAAUUAUGUAAAAUAUAGGUUCUUUUCUUUUUUCUUCUUCCUUUUAGGGGUUUUGUGUGUCGUCCAAACUCUUCUCUUUUAACUUAUUUUAAGAGCAAUAGAUUAAAGGGUUUCUUUCAUGCA